AGGACUACGCCCCGAGAACGCGCCGCCCAUUUUGUCUCCGGAGAAGCCAGGAUAAGAACUUGGAUUUCUGGAUUCAUUUUAUCUCCUUUGCAAUAAUAAAAAUGCAACUUUCUGUCAAAAUGCUUCUCCUACUAUACUGUAUCUUGUUGACCUACAGUGCAGAAGGGAAACACGAUGGGAAACCAUUCGAUGAGAAGGAUCUGGAUAAAAUACGUCUCGGCACGAAAGGUUUUGAUAAGGUAAAAACGAUCCACACAAACUGGUACGUGCAUUCUAUGAAAGCGCUGAUUGCUCAACUUUCGAGAAACUUGCUCCCGAAACUUAAUGAUGAUCUCAAAACGGAAUUUGUGGAAUGUCUAGCUAAAAUUCAUGAUAAAAAAGAUCUCGUGGAAUCUUCAAAGUGUGUGAUGCGAGCUAGAGAGCAGUACAAAGUACAAAGGAAGUGGCAACCAAGAAGACCAGCUGCCAUCCCAACGACUACUGUAAAAACUCCAAAGCUGAAAAAAUUGAGCAUAAAAAAGGUAGAAGCAAUGAGAAAAGCUCUCCCGAAAGAGCUUCAAUUCCCGACCGCAACUGAAGUUCCAAAAAUACGGAAUGAAGUGAAGAUUCAAGCGAGAAAAGUUGACUCGCAUAACUCUGAAAAGAAAAAUCUUCUGGAAAAGAAGAGAAAAGACUUGGCAAUCGCAAGAAAAAUGCACAAACUGAAAAUUUCAAAAAUAUUGAGUGAGGAUCACAGUGAAAAAAUGAAGAAGAAUGAGAGAAGGGUUGAACUUUGUGGAAGCCGAAGCUAUUGCAGUGGAAACAAUUUGAGAUCAUCUUCCAAUAAAGAAAAUCUUAUUCUGGAAUUCAAGAGGAAAUGGAGGAAUCAGAGAAAUUUGAGAAACAGGAAAGUUUUGAGGAGAAGCAAGAGAAGUUUAACACGUCUUGUUGUCGAUUCGGUAUCCAAAUCUGAUUCACACGGAUUUUUUGUGAAAAAUAUGGAUCGAAUGCCAAGUUUGAAGACAAAGGAAAACAAGACGCCCGUUGAGAGAAUUACCAAGCUUCUCCGGACUUUUUUCAGCAACCAAACAGAAGCAGAUUCAACAUGGGCAGACACUUACAAGGCACUGGUAAAUUUGAAGAAAAAGAUGGAUAAAAAAGAAAAAGAGUCCGGCGCAAGAGUGUACAAUGAGCGAAUGUAUGAUUUGGUGCUUGAUAUACCACAGAAAAAUCAUGAUCUGGCGUUUUUCGACAAGCAAAAAAUGCCAGGAAUCGUGCGUCACGCAUUUGAUUUGAUGUCAACAAUUGAGGGAUCAAGUAAGAAGAAGGGAGAUUCUAAUAUCAAGUUUUUGAGUCCACGUUUCGCUGCAGUGAUGCCGGAUAAGAACGAGAACCGUGGUCGGCUGUCGCCAUCGAUUCUGUCAUUCUACAAUGAUGAGUCGGAAGAUCAAAUUCUGCCGCUUCCAAAGAUGCUCGAUGCUACGGGAAUGCAAGGAAAAGACCGUGACAGUAUCAUUGAGCUAGUGAUGGAAAUCUCUGGAGUCAAGGGAAUUGUCCACGACGCUAUGAAAAUGCUAAAAUCCACCGAAAUGCCAGAACUUGACCUAGCCAUGGAUGCGAAUGCAAAGAAAUCUCUGCAAAUGGUUCAGGACAUUCAAAAGUCAUACAACAGGAAGCAAAAGAAGGAAAUAAAAAGCAACGGGUUUACUUUGAUGAAACCGAAUCAGAUGGAGAAGCUGAUGACCGAGCAAGGAAUUCUCGGGCGGGAUGAUAUUUUCAAUUUGAAAGAAUAUGCCAUGAUGACAAUCGGGCAAAGAAAGGAAAUGGUCUGGGAUAUGGUUAGAGGCAUUGCUUUCGGACUUACUGGAUUGGGAUCUCCACAACGUUCAAACUUCACUAGCAAUAGUCGUGUGAAGCGUCAGUCUUCAGUAUGGGGACCGCAUAUUCUGACUCCUACCGUUUUGUCACCGAUUCUUUUCACACCAAUUUACGGGCUGAAUGUGUUGGGUCCAACAGUCCUCUCCCCCGGUCUCUUUACCCCACUGAUCCUCAAUCCCUCAGUACUCUCCCCAUACGUCUUCUCACCAACAGUCGGAAUCCCCUUCAUUUUAUCCCCGUAUCUCCUGUCCCCAUACGUGUUCUCCCCAUUAGUCAUGGCGCCGUUCAUUCUUAAUCCAUAUGUUCUCUCACCCAACGUCUUCAAUCCAUACGUUCUGUCGCCAUUGAUCCUGUCACCAUUGGUCAUCUGCCCCGAUGUGGUGUCUCCGAUGACGCUGGGUGGAGCGAUCCUGUCACCUGCAGUACUGUCACCUUCACUGUUGUCCAAGUCGUAUGUGAUGGCUAAUGUGUUGUCACCGACUUUCUUGUCUUAGAAUGUUACUCAUAGGUUUUAUUUAUACUGGUAUUUUUAAUUUUUAAUUCACGCCUAAUAUUCAUACAUAGGCUUUUUUGAUCUACGCGUUCUUUAAAUCACCACUUUUGUGUUUUUUGGCACACUAAACCCCCAAAGCCCUCAAAAACUUUUACCAACCUCUCUCAAAAUUUCAACCUAAACCCAGUCACCGUCCUGGUGACGCCCACAAUUAAAAAAUUAAAUUUCCCAUUUCACGGAAAACAAAAAAAACAUGCGUUGGAAUUUUGUUGCCUUGGUUUGUUUUAACCUUUCAAAAAUUGACGAUAAUCUGUUUACUGGUGAUUUCUCAGUUUUUCUACACUUAAUCAUUUUUCAUUUUGUUCCUGCCCACAUUUCCACAAAUAUUCUUGUCAUAGCUAAGCUAUUGUAAUAAUUAUAAUAAUGAUAAUUUAUCGAAAAUUGAAUGAAGAUUUGAAUUGAAAGUUUGGAAAA